UCACUUUUUAACUAUUGAUUUGAAAAAAAAAUCCACUUUAUAUAUUAAGGAUAACAUAUUAGCAAACACUUAUAUAAGUGCUUUUAUUACCAAGCACUGUUCUAAGAACUUGCAAUAUUUACUCAUUUAAUCCUUACAACAAUCCUAUAAGGUACAUGCUGUUAUCAUCCCCAUUUUACAGAUGAGAACCUGAGGCACAGACAGAAUAAGUGAUUUGUGGGAUGUGUAGCUGUGUAGUUGGGAAGAGGUAGAACUGGGGUUCAAACUGAGCAGCCUGGUUUCAGGUCCUUGCUCUUGACCACUAGACAUUCCAGCUAAUGUUUUGUUUGUUGUGUAUUUUACAAAGUUGUUUUUCCAAUUUGUCAUUUGUCUUUUAACUUUAAAGUUUUUUUUUUAAAUUAGGUUUUCACUUAUUCAGUCAAAUCUAUUAAUCUUUUCCUUUAUAGACUUCAGGGUCGUUUGGUUGGCCUUCAAGGGUAGAAUAUGAAGCACAAAUUGGAAAGUAGAGGGUAAUAUAUUUCAUAUAUACUAUUUCAAACUUACUAAGAACUUUCAGGUGAAUAUGUGAAGAAAAUGUCAGAAAAGUUCAUAGUGCUAUGGGGGCUCUGUUGUGUAGUAGAAGCCCAUAGCACCUCUCAACUCAAAUACUGAACAACAUUCUAACUGGUCUCCUUGCUGCACUUUCCUCUCACCUCGGCCUACAUCACUGUACUGGUUCCAUUUAACAGAAUUUUUUACAUUCCCAGGCUACCACCCUUCUACUGUGCGAGGUACUGUGGACAGAGAUGGUUGAGGAUCCCACUCCUUCACAGCACAACUCCAGCCAGCCCAGUGCGCCUGCGCUCUCCUUUCUAACUACAUCUUCCUUCCAGAAGUCCUAAAUCAUGCUAAUCUUUCAGGCCCAAGCUUAACUUUUCCUUCCUCUAGUUUCUUGUUCACUUCAGCCCACAAAAUAAACUCUCCAAUUAACUUCUUUGGCAUUGAUUGCAUGUACUAAUACGAGUGUAGUAUAGUGCCACCUGAGAUCAUAAAUGUAAACGCACCAGGUAAACUGUACGUGCUGUUAAAAACAGUUCUGUUAUCCAUGAGAAAGCAUUUUUUGUUUUGUCUUUUUGUUUCUGUUUGUUUUUAAAAUCUUGUGCACAAAGUAACAGCGAGUUAUGAAAAACAGUGAGGCCCAGGUGGUGGGGCUCCCAUACAUAAGGAGACCUGAAAGGGUACCCAACCAGUGCUUUCCCGGGUCCUAGUUUGGGAAAGUCAUAAUAAGCAUGGAGGAACGAUGUUUUAGGUUAAUAUUAAAGUAGGAAAAUUACGGAUUGCUUUGAAAAGACAAGUAUCUUCUAAACCUGGCGCAGCCGGCUGACACUACUCCCUCACACACAGCUGGAUAAAUUGAGGCAAACCGGGCGGGACUAAGACCUCAGGGGACGGCUGGGGGGCCCGUGCUUCAUGGGGCAAAAGGUACACACUCCCAAAACCAGAGCACAGCGCACAGCAACCAGGCGCGAUUUCGGAGGCCACGUGACGGCGCCGGUCCAUCACAAGCAGAGGGCAGGACUCCGCACCGCCACUCUCCCAGUCGUCCAAUAAGAGACAGGGAGCAGACAAGGUGGGCGGGCACCACCCGCCCCUCCUCCGAAGGCCGCCCAGCGCGGGGCGGGCCCAGCUGCCGCCCUCCAGUGGGGUCCCGGCCAGCACUGCUCGGCCGAGGCAAAAGGGAGAUGCAAACGUCAGUCAAACGGCCUCGCCAAUGAGUUCACGCGCUGCUCUCGAGCCCGCCCCUGCGUCCGCCUCCCGACGCCCGCGCUGCCUUCCCUCAAGCCGCCGCGGCCCGCCAGCCCGCGCCUCCAUCCGGGUCCUCGUGUGCGGGUCUCGGGUGGCGGUGGGUGCGAGGGCCGGGCCAUCUCCGCGGAGGGCGGCGGCGGCGGCGGCGGGCGGCGGCCUCCUCCGCGGUCCUGAGGUGGGUACAGAGGCGGGACGGCGAGCGCGGGCCCGCCGCCAUUUUCCUUCUCUCGGACCCCCUGAGGCGGUGGGAGAAGGGGAGCGCUGCCGGCAGGAGAACCAGGAUUACCUAGGAGAAAGCCUUCCUGUGGUGCUCAGCUGUGGUCUCUUUUCAGCAUUCACCCUGGGCAUUCUCGUCACUGUGGGAUGAGGUAGUAGGUUGUAUAGUUUUAGGGUCACACCCACCACUGGGAGAUAACUAUACAAUCUACUGUCUUUCCUAACGUGAUAGAAAAGUCUGCAUCCAGGCAGCCUCAUAUAAAAUCAAUAACUAAUUGUACAACAUUUGAGAUUAACUUGUGUAAAAAUGCUGUAGCGCAGCAUUUCUUUAUAGUGUACAAGUUGCUGCUUAUUUUAGAGACUAAAAACGUUACCAAGUAGACUGAUCGGGGGUGGGGAUACUUUUUGCCUCUCAUUUCUGUGUGUCAGAAUAAGUGUAUGUUUUAUUUUGAUUGACGCUGAUAAUGCAACAUAAAGAGAUUGUACUCUUCAUUCCAGAAGAAAAUAUUGCUCUGUCAGAGUGAGGUAGUAGAUUGUAUAGUUGUGGGGUAGUGAUUUUACCCUGUUCAGGAGAUAACUAUACAAUCUAUUGCCUUCCCUGAGGAGUAGACUUGCUGCAUUUUGUUUCUAUCUAGAUCAUAUAAAAACUCAGAAGAAUGAAUUUUGACAUUGCUUUGAACUUACAGUUUGCUUAUGUCCUUUGCUAAUAACAUUCUCUGUCAAAUAUGGUGUACCUACAAUAGACACAGUAAUCUAACAUUUAAAUUUUUCACAUGUGGUAUAUUUCAGAAAUUUGAAAUUAAGCAAAAAUCUCGGAGUGGAGAAAGUAAAUAACCUUCAGGAAAUCUUAAUAGGGGACUCUUUGGAAUUGUGAAUAGAUUAACUGCUCUUGGUACAGAUGUCCAGGGUGAGAUCCUAGGUGGUAAAGGUAAAUACAAACUGGAAAAGCACUGUCUGAGCUAAAAUGGAGUCAGGUUGAUUAUGACUCAUUCCCUGGUUUGGAUUUUUGGGUGCCUUGGGCAUCGUUGUAAUCUCUGUUUCACUGGCUUGUUGAUUUGGACAACUUCGCUCUCCAGCCUGGAAAAGGAGAAAUGGGCUCUUGCAUUCAGCCCUUGUUCCCUGGUUAAGUCCUUAGGAUCUUAGCUUUGCCCUACCCCCCAAAACCUGAAGUGGGCCUUCAUUCACAAAGGGAGGUCUCCUGAAGUUGUCAGAUAAGGAAAUCUAUAGUUUGUUGUUUUUAAGAAAAUGUGAGGAUAAUGCUAGAAAGGGCUACUUGAGUUUUUAACACUCAUGGAGGUUCAUGUUUCAGUUUUCUUCCAAUGGCCAAACCAUCAAGCAAGGCUAAAGCUCCCUGUUUUAAGUACUUGCCAUUUUUAUUUUGGGAGAAGAAAAAGAGGCAAAGUGGAGGUGAGGGAGAGGUCACCUCUUCCCAAAUAUUUCCAUCUGUCCUGAAUCUUAAUAUCUAAGAUAAUCCCUGUGCAGUGCCAUUGGCAGCAGGAACUUUGCAUGAGAGAAAACAUCAAAUUCUCUCUUGGAUGGUCCAAACCAGGUAAUUUAUCCUGGGUCAGAUUUGUGUGUUUUAUUUCAUCCCUGGCAUAUAGAUGGAAACCUGCAUGGUCCAGAAUUGGUCUUUGUUAUAGACUAGACAUACACACAUGCUGGGCAGGGGCCUCUUGUAGUCAUUGCGUUUUGGUGUGCCAAAGAAAAGUGGGAAUAGUUGAGAAAUUGUUUGGCAAGUGCAGUUGUUUUGUGGGUUUCCAAUACAGGUGCCUCCAGUGUGGAUAUCUUCACCAUUCUGCAUUUGGAAACUGAACUAAUACCUUAGGUCUAGUGAAAAAUGAAUUUGUAUCAUUUAUUGAUUGUACAAGGACAUAUUUCAUAACCUUAUUGGCCAAGCCCAGUAAUUGAUUAAAGUUGUGGAGAACUACGUUUUGUGAAAACCUUUAAAAGUACCUUAUGGUAUAGUGAGAGAGUCUCUAAAAGCUUGUUUUUGAUGGUAACAAAAACCACGAUCAGAAUUUGCUUCUGUUUACUCGAAGUCAAGGGUCAAAAAUCCAAAUAACCUGGGCCUAGAAGUGGCUGGUUUAUAACUAGGAAACAGCAUCUAAAGGGGACAGGCCAUAAGUUAAUUUGCUUCAGUUGACGGUGGUAAGAAGGAUUUAUACAUACUGUCACCUAAUUCUCUAGUUUAUCAAGAGAGGUGGAGAGUUUAUGAAAUAUGUUUAAAUUUUAGUACUAUAUUAAAUGUUUCAAAAAGUCUGUGGCUCCAACAGUACAUGAUGGGCUGGGUAUUAGGCUUCUGGUUUGCAUCCUCUUGGUGUAAUUGAAUUACUUUUUAUCCCUUCAUAACAAGAGGUUUGAUUUUAAGCAAACACAUUUGUGGUUUUUACCAAAGGCAUAUGGCCAGUAACUUUUUUUUUUUUUUUUGGCUUCGUGGCUUGUGGCUUGUGGGAUCUUAGUUCCCUGACCAGGUAUUAAACCCAGGCCCUCAGCAGUGAAACCACAGAGUCCUAACCAGUGGACCGCCAUGGGAUUCCGGCCAGUAACUUUAAAAGCAUCAGUGACCGAAUUCUAAUUGGUUUGAAUUUGAAAUAAAACCAAAAACAUAUGGCCUAAUUUAACAGGUUAAUUUGAAGUCCAUCUGCUAAGUAGAAGACUGGCAAGAAAAAAAUGGGUUCCUAGGAAGAGGUAGUAGGUUGCAUAGUUUUAGGGCAGGGAUUUUGCCCACAAGGAGGUAACUAUACGACCUGCUGCCUUUCUUAGGGCCUUAUUAUUCCACGGUAACCAGUUUCUUUGCUACCUUGCUUUGGUGUAAACAGAGUUCUUUCUGGAGGUUUUCUCACAAAUGAAAACAUUACAGGACUACCAAGGGGAGCCAUGCUUGCAUUAGUGAUUUAAAAACAGCAGCAUGGUACCAACAUCAAUCAACUACUGAGGAUUUAAGACUUCUGAAGUAUAGAGUUGCUCAUGUAAUCUCACUUUGGGGUUGCUGGAAAGUUUGGGAAAGCACAGUUUGUUUUUGUUUUUGGUUAAGAUCCCUUUUCUGAUCAAGAGAUGCCAGCUCUAUCCCCCUCUGUAGCCUUUGUUACACCUGAAAGAAGGCAUUUAAUGAAACUACUGAAAUAUUUUGCUUUUUCCUCCACUGUAUUUAUAAAUAUUUAUCUUGCUAAGUUUCUAUGUUUCUUUGUCUUUGGGACUUAAAAUUUGGAGCACUUCUUAGGGGUGGUAUUAUGUUGUGGGAAUCCAUCAUUGUAUUGAGCACUCAUUAUGGUAUGUAAUCCUGUGAUUGAAUCUUUAAUGUGUACAAGGACUGGAAGGUCAACAAAAAUGAAGGGUUAUAAGAGUCAUUAUAUUUUGUUAAACAUCUUUCCAAUAAAAAGAUUACUUUUACCUUAAAA